CCUGCGCAUGCGCCAGGAGGAGAGCCGGCCGACGUUUAGGGGGGGCGCUGCGGUUGCCGAGCGGAAGGGCAAAACUCGGGAGCGUCGUGAAGCGGCCCUCGCGGUUGGUGGUUGGAGGGGCACUUUCCGCGUCCGGGUCGUCUUCGCUGGAGCGGCCUGACGGGGCCACCGCCUUCACGGAAGCGGCGCCGAUCAAUCAUUAUUGGAAUAAUCACCGAUCUGUUCUGUGAUACCUUUGGUGAAUGGGAUGUCACUUCACAGAUCUUCCAUUAUGAGGAAAAGCUGAGCUCCUUCAGAUUAUUCGGGAUGAAAUACUGUGCAGCUUAUCGAUAACUCCUGGGGCUUCAGUUUUUUCCUGUGACUUACCUAUGCUUCUUGUAUGGACAGACAUGGAAGCUGAAUCAACAAUACCAAUUUGGCAGAACAAACCCUAUGGUUCAUCUCGCAGUUUUGUGAGAAGAAUUGGAACAAGCCUUCCUUUAAAACCAUGUCCCAGAGCUUCCUUCCAGCCACUACCAGACAUUUCUGAUUUCUAUUUCAAUGACACCCCCCCUGUCCCCACUCUGGCAGAUGUUGCCUGGAUUGCCUCCGAUGAUGAAGAAACCUAUGCCAGAGUCAGGACAGACACACGUCCACUCAAGCACAGAUGGAAACCCACUCCAUUCUUCGUUAUUCAGCGGAAUGCUUCGGUCCCAAAUCUGAGGAAGCAAGAAGAAAAAUUGCUGGCUCUGAAGAAGCCAUGUUUACCUGCCUUGAGUCGAACCACAGAACUCCAGGAAGAAUUGAGUCUCCUGCGGAGUCAGAUCGCUAAAAUAGUUGCUGGAGAUUCAGCUUCCUCUUCAUUAACACCAGAGUUAUUAUCUCCAGGAAGUUCAAAUGUCUCUUCUCCUUUGCCCUGCUUUGGACCCUCAUUCCAGUCUACAACUUCCUUUGUCAUUAGUGACAUCACAGAAGAGGAGGCUGAUUUAGAAAGCCCCGAACUUCCAUCUGUUUCCAUGGUUUGUUCUGCAACUUCUGAAUUUUGCAAAGGCGACGCGAAGGAUUCGGACGACGAUGACACAGUGUCUCUCUCAAAGGCCAGUAGUUUUGCGGAUAUGAUGGGCAUUCUGAAAGACAUUCAUAGAAUGAAACAGAACAAAGACUCGAACAGAAGUUUACUGAAAGAAGAGGAUCCUGCGAUUCUUAUAGCAGACGUUUUAAGAAGGAAAUUUGCUUUGAAAGAUGAAGAUGUAAAUAUGAAAAAGAACUGACAGUUAUGUUCAUUUCUUACGUUAGUAUGCUUCUUAAGAUUUUUCUCUACAGUGGCUGCCUUCCUUGAACAUUAAAUAUCCUUUAGGGGUUAGGCUUCCUGUGUGCUUUUAUGCAAAAGGAACACACUAAGUGAGAGAAACUGACGUUUUGCUGGUUUUUUCCACACAGCCAAACGAUAUAACAUUUUUUUUAAAGGGCAAAACUUUUCCACAUUCUGAACUGAAGCGUGAAUACGGAUUCUUUUAAAGUUGGAUUUGCCAGUGGCCGACAGUGAUGCUUUUCAUUUAAAAAAGAAAUUCAUGUUAUAGUCUUGCUGCAGAUCUGAAGCCUGUGAAUACGUAAACUCUGGAGUCCCACAAUUUUGUUUCGUAAAGGUCGAUUUCUGAAAAGUUCCUAUUUUCUGCAGCCUCUCUCCACAACCAGCAUUCUUCAAACAACUGACAUAUAGUUGACUAAAGAUAGAAUCAAGAGUCUAAUCUAAGCAUUGAAUUUAAAAUCUGGUUGUUGAUGAUAUACACUAGGGGUCUCCAACCUUGGCAACUUUAAGCCUGGCGGACUUCAAUUCCCAGAAUCCCCCAGCCAGCAAAGCUGCCUGGGGAAUUCUGGGAGUUGAAGUACGCCAGGCUUAAAGUUGCCACGGUUGGAGACUUCUGAUAUACACUAAAGCUGUGCAGCACUACAGAUCUGAAAGUAGACUUGGAGGCCACCUGUCAACACCUCCUUAAAUACAUCUAUGGAGUUGCUGGCAAAUUGAGAAGCACACACCUGUGUGCACUCCAAAGUAUCUUUACCCCUUUGAAUUCAGGCUGCUACCCAGUCUUGUAAUUCAGCUCUGUAAAGCUAAAAUUGCUCUUUUUCAUUUGUUGAGGCAGAGCACAACCACCUGCAGGCCUCACUCUUUGCUUUAAGCUCAGGGACCAGGAGGUUAAAUUAACACACAAGUGGAAGAAUAGCACACAGUCAAGUUUCUAGUGGGAGGGCAGCAAAAUAACCAGUGAAUUUGAUAAGAUACUUUAGCACUGGUGGGGAUGGCCAGCACAGUCCAAGAGUGGCUUAGUUUGUUGUGCUGGCAUUGCAGAAUAAAACGCUAUUACAAAGACCAGUUUUGCAAAGUUUGGUCCGGGCAGAACAUUUUUUUUUUCUUCAUGGGGUUGUGGCACAGCUGCUUUAAUGAUGUUUGCAAUUUAUCUUCAUGUGCAUCUACAAACAUCUCUAGUGAAGCAUCUAUGACCCAAGAACCCUCAAAGCAGUUCCUCCCCCCCCAAGAAUUUGCAAAAUAAUGCCUUGGACGCCAUGGCAUUUUUUAAAGCAAUUGGAAAGACUUUUCUAGGGCUUGUCUGCAUGUUUAAAAAUAUUACCAACUAAUAACCUUUCAGAACCUCCUGGCAAUUUUUAGAAGGGCAAAAGUGUGGAAAAGUUUUUGCAGUAUAUUUUAAAAGCCUUUUUGAGCACUGGCCGGUCCUUUUGUCAGCAGCAAUUGUAGCAUGAUAGUUUGUGAUGCUGCCACUGUUAUCUAGGGGAACCACGAUGGUUUAAAUCACUAACUUCAACCCUCAGGGAAUUUAUAACACUCUUUCCCAUGGCGCACAAAACAAUUUUCCACUUUUUACCCAUUCUUUUCUCACUGUUAAUAUUCUAUUGAGUUAUUUAAAGAUACUGUAAAGCCAGAUGUAGAGAACCUGGUGCUUUCCAGUCAUUUUGGGCUACAAUUCCCAAAAGCACUUGCCAUUAUAGCCUGAGGUUCAGGCUGAUUGGCAUUCAAAUCCAAAGCCUCUGAAGAGCAUCAGGUUCUCAUUGCGGCGGAACCAACUGCGAGUCCUGUUCAUACUCAUUGAUCGGAGUUCUUUGUAAACGUACAAACUGGUGUUCUCGUCUUAAAACAUCGCCUGAAGGGACACAAGAGAAGGAACCCCAUGUUGGCAGGCUGGAUCUUGCUGAAAUUGCAUGGGGUCAGGUGCACUAGCUAUGCAGUUUGGUAGGUCUAUUUUUUUUUAAACAGAAAACAAGACACUUCCCCCCUCCCCUCCAUUUUGAAGCAGAAAGGACUGGUCAGCAAUACCAACUUUUAAGUGGUGCUGUGGCUGAUGGGUCUAGUUUAAACCCAUCUUAGUCGACCUUUGAGCUACCUGAAUAAAAGCUAGUCAAAUCCCAUCUCGUGGAACAAUUCUAGAGCAGCCCGACGUCUUUCUAGAACACCAGGAUUCAGAUUCCAUUCCUCGGGUUUCUUUUAUUAGCUCACACACCAAAGAAAGCAUGUUGAACAAAACAAGGUUAGGUAUGCAACACACAGCCACAGGCAAUAUACAAAGGGGGCCUUUAAGCCAAGUUUGUUUUGUAAGAAGGCACAGAGCAGUUAUCUCACAGAGCAAUUACGAUUUUAGUGUUUAAUGACUUUGUUGCCUUCCGAAUCCUCUGUGAAUAGCAAGUCAUAACAUGACUUUUCACUAUGUUCUGUCAGAGGAGGAACGCCGCGCCUGCCCAGAGACCCAGGGGGGCGUCUGUCUCCAGCCCAACCGUCCCUAAAGCAGCUCCUGUUAUUGAAGGCGCUUCUUACAGGGGUCCUUUUGCCCCACCAGAGAGCCUUUGGCAAGGACGGCUGGCUUCCUUCUCCUUCAGGGCGGUGCAGAAUUACUCUGCAGCCCUCGGAGUCCUGUGUGAACAGCCGCUGAGUUGAAACAAGGGAGCUGUUCUCAUAGCUAGUGUACUUUCUACAGGAUCCAGUUUGGUUGAAAUCCAAAUAUGCUGCUUCUGGUAGGUUUUCUUCCAGUUCAGGAUCCAUAUUUUCAGAGUCAGAGGAGUCCACAAAAGUAGCACCCACCCAAGAGGAAGGGAGUCUGCGCCGUUUCUCUGCAUCUGCUCUUUGGUUCGAAAUUAUUUUAAGACUUGGGCUUCUCUGAGAAAACAAAGCGGGGCUCUCUUCUCUUUGCCAGCCAUCGUUUUUCUUUUUCAGGGGGGACACCGGAGCCACCUGCUGCUGAAGCGGCCCCUUUUCUUCCAGAUGCUGAAUGAGAUCUGUAGUUAGAAAAGCCUUCUGAGCAACAGGGGGGCUGCUGGCAUGGCUCUGUGCUCGAGCGGGGAGAGAAUUGCAGGUUGCUGCCUUUGCAGGUUGCCUUUGGCGGUCCUGCAGGCUCGAUGGUUGAAGGACAGAAGCCCAGGCCCUGGUCCUUUCCCCUCUAAGCAAUUCAGAGUCUUUUAGAUUGACAACGUUGUUUGAUGCGGAGGUCAUUAACUGCUUGUUUGGUUCUGUGGGUUUUUCCCCUGCCAAAAACAAUGGAAUCCGAAUCAGCCAGAGAUCAAAUACACAGCCUUUAUAUAGCCUAGCAGUCUAGGGAAAUAGCAAGUUCUUUUACUUCAAGAGCCAGAGAUACAUGACGGGUGGGGAUG